AAAUUAAAAUAAUAAAAACAAAAUCAUAUGCUACUAGCCCACUUUGUCAUCACUCCAUUAUUUUAAUUUUCUAAAAUAUUAAUUUUCAUUAUUAUAAUCUCAAUCAUUUCUACUAUUUUUUUAAUUCAUUAAUUCAAUAGUACUUUUUUUUUUUUAAUAAGCUAAUCCAAUAGUACUUGAUUUCAAUCCAAACCCUCAAAAACCAAAUCCAUCAUAUUAACGUGUCAUUUGAUCCAUUUGAUGUUCUUGUCGGAUCUGUCACUCUCCAUCAUCAUAUAAAAAAUAACAUAAUUAGGUUGCAAUAAUUUUCAUUAAUUUAAUUAUUACCCAAGUUGCUUUCUUCCAAAAGAAAGAAACUUUGAUUAGUUUUAUUGCAUGUAAUGAAGAUUUUGGAUUAUGGGCACCAUCAAUAAUCCAAAAAGAUCGCAUCUUUAUUUUUUUGUUGCAGAGAAUUGUCAAAGAAGGGAUGUAGAAGGUGUUGAAGUGUAGGAAACUCUAGAAAUGGUUGAAUAAAUUGCGGUUAUUGGUAUUGUACUCGUAAUCUUCAUUGCCUUAAUAGUUAUUGUGAAAUGGAGUCCAAAAAUGAAACAUCGAGCGUAAUUUUAAAAUUGAUGGGAAUUGAUAAAGUUCCUUCCCAACAUCAUCCUGUUAGAAAUAGACCGAAAGUGUUAUCCGAGGAUUACCUGCAGAAAGUUGCUUCUAUUGGUCUUAGAAAGAAGCGUUCGUCUCAUCAGCGUCACUCUUUUGGAAUGAGAACCAGUGAAAAGGAAUCCAAUGAUGUUUCGAAAGUAGUUAAAGCAAUAAAUAGAGACAAGAACCAUAACCCGUCAAAGGUGGAAGGUAUGCCACAGAAAACAAAUAACGAGUCACAAAUUGUUGUGCAUCGAGAAGCAGGAUUGUAUGAAAUAUUGAGGCCUUCAAAAUCUCACUUGGAUCCCAAGGAGGUAACUUUCAACUCAAGAAUUGUAGUUUCGAAAGUGAAUCGUGGAAAGGAAGGAAAUGGUGAGUUUAAAAGGAACAUUAGAUGUAAGGUUGGUUUCGGUUAUAGCUUUGCCAGAAAAGUGCCAACAACAAAACCUUUCUCUGAUAAUUGUGGAACUGUGACUAAGGAUGACUUGUUUCAGAAAUAUUGGGGUUUGAGUAAGAAUGCAUCUGAAAAUGUGACAAACCAAAAUUCAAAGAAUCGAAAUAUCAAUCAGAAGGCUAGCAGUGAGAAAUUGCCAUCUUUUUCCUCAUAUUCCGAUAGUAAUGAUAGUAACGAUACCGAGAAUUGUACUGACCUGCAUAAAUUGAAGAAGAGAUGUUACAGGAAUGAUUUGAUUGAAAAGGAACAUACGCUUUCUCAAUUGUCAAGCUCUGACAUUCAGAUCUUGCAGCAGACAUGCUUAAUGAAUGAAGACGUGAAGAACGAUAAGCAUGAAGACAGUAGCAUGUCUAAUAAUGUUGCCAGGUCUCUUGAUUCAUCAAUUAAUAUCUUGGUGUCUGAAUCGAAGAUUAAGGUUGUUUGUUGCUACAAUAAUAAUCCAACAAUGGUGCAAUCUGAAUCAACGGUAUCUGUAAUAAUGUGCGGGGACAGUGAUUCUUCAAGCUAUGCUUCAAAGCAACAGGAGACGCCGGAAAUUCGAGAAAAUUCUGUUUAUUCACUUUGCACCGAGGCUGACACAGAUUCACUUGGGACCUUUCAGGGGGCAUAUGAAACAAGUCCAAUUUUAGUUUUGGAUUCCACAUUUGACGAAGACAUUUCAGUAAUCUCCGAAUGCGGUGGUGCUGAUGUAUAUGAUUCCUCGGAAGUGGAUGACGAAGGACUUGAUUUGAAUGUUUCAAGUGAUGAAGAUUGUGAGCAAGAACCAGUACUUGAUUUUGACGAGAAGAAAGAUAUAGUAGGGUUUUCUAGAACAGAAGAAAGUAGGGACUUCUCGUAUGUUGUCGAGGUCUUAACCGAGGCAGGUAUAUCUAACACGAGCUUGUUCAAAGAUUUUUCCACAUGGCAUUCUGCAGAAUGUCCUAUUAGCCCCUCUGUCUUCGAAACCCUAGAAAAGAAAUUCGGCGAGCAGCAAUUUUGGAAAAGAUCCGAAAGACGGCUUCUCUUUGAUCGUAUUAAUUUUGGGCUGUUAGAUAUUCUCCAUCCUUCUUUAUUUAUUCCAUUGUCGGAAAAGCCUGUGUCGAGAAGAAUGAAUGUUGAACCAAGCCAGAACAUGAUUGAGGAUGAGCUGUGGGGGUUGCUUGUUUCACAAGAAAAGAAAGCCGGUAAGGAGUCAGUGGACAAUAUGCUUGGAGGGGAAAUUAGGUGGAUAGAGCUAAGUGGAGAUGUUGAAGAUAUCGUUAGAGAGAUAGUUAAGUUGUUAAUAAAGGAGCUCGUAGAUGAUAUGGUUAGUUAGGUUGGAGAAUUUUUUAAAACUCUAGCGUGCAGUUAUAGGAUUCUUUUAUAUUCAAGCAAUUCAUGUGUCAGUAUGAGUUGACGAGGUUGAUUUUAAGUCGAUUUUGUGAGGUUGAUUUGGAGUCAGAUUUUUGAGAGGUUUGAAUUAGGAUAUAGGUAUUUGAUUGAUUAUUGAUUCAUGUGGUACAAUAUUUGUACUAUUUGAUUUGUUUCCAAAAAGAAAAAGAAAAAGGGAAAGUGCUUGUGAUUUGUAUUUCAAUAUACAACAUUACUUUUGUGA